AGGGCGCGUCAUGUCUUCUCGCCUGGCCCCGGUCCCUCGUGCUCUAAAGUAGCCCUGUGUGGUUGUCGGACAGGAGUGCAGAUAAAGGAGGGGUGCUGCUGUGUUCUAGGUCUGUGUUAGUGUGGCGGGUAGAAGGAAGAGAGAGGGGAAGAAGCGUUGAAUAAUUGGAACUGAGCUCUUGGUGGAUUUGCAUUAACCUUGAGUUUUGCUUACCUCCUAUAGCAAAGAGAUUCUGAAAGGAGUAUAGGAGUAAGCAGCUCUGACUAGGUUUAUGUUAGAGCCCGAUGAGAUAAUAAGUGAGGCAUAACUUGUUUAUUCCUGUGUUCCUGUUCUGGCACCUGGUACUGUGAGCCCAUAUGCUUUGGUCCUGUUUGUGGCUGCUUCCUUUUCCUGUUUUACCCAAAUCACAUCAACCUCUGAACUUUCCAGAGGUUGCUCUGUACCUCCUAUAUCACACCAUUGUUUCCUGCCAUAGCUUUUAAUGUUUCUUUUAUUUUCAAUCCUCAGUCCUCUCAGCAGUGUAAACUUGAAUGAAUUUUUCAUAGUAAUCUAGGAUGCUUAGGCAGUUUUUUUUGUGUGUGUGUGAUUUUUUUUUUUUUUUUUUUUUCUUCCACAUAAUGGAAGAGAUACUUAAGCUUCCUUAUCUGGUAAAGUAUUUUAGCUGUUUGAUCAUAUUCUAUAGCUAGGAUGAGACUACCAUAAUUAGUAGAACUUCAGCUUUAAUAUAUGGUAACUGUCGAGUCUCAGCCUGAACCACUGAUUGAGCACCUGGGGAAAGGACCUGGUCAGCCCUGGGAGAAGCAGAGGUGAAGGCAACUCGGCUGUGUGACCAGAAGGGGUGGAGCCUGGCUCCAACUCUCUUAGACCUCGUUUAAGGGCGGACUGCCAGUGGUGUAGGUUCUCUGGUAGGAGAUCCUUCAUUUGUGGGGUUUUUCCUGUGAGUUUAGGUCUUCAGAGACAGGUAAGUGCUUUCCCUUUUUCUCUGGAGCACCUUUUUAUCCUGCUUGUCCCUUUGUCAUUAUAUCUCCUGUAUUGCUGUUCCACCAUACUGCUCUUUCUGAUUGUUAUGCUUAAGUGUUCUGAUAUUUACAGAGUAAAAUAAUAUCAGCUGAAACAUGCUGUUCCUAUUUCAAGAAAAAAUCUUGUGCGAAGUUAGUGUUUGUGUAAAAGGGGCUGGAAAAAUGCUCAUCAGCUGAUAUGUCUGUGUUUUGUUGCCAUGGUAUUCAGUUCAUUAGUAAGGAUAAAAAGUCAAUGUGUCAAUCCUCUCUGCCUACAUUUAUUCUUCCUGUAUAUAGCAGAAGAGGCAAAGACCUCUUUCAGCCUAACGCUGUUAUCUGGAAGAUGAUAAAAGGUAGGAAGAAAUUAGAAGGGAUGGUACUACAGUGGUGUUGUACGCAGAGGAUGGUAGUAUGCUGAGUAAAUGUUGCUAUGUUCCUAUCAAACUAAUAUGUGGCUCAGUUAGAUGUCUUAACUGAGAGCUAAAUGCAAGUUCCUGUGAUAAGGGGGUGCUGAUGUUGAUUAUCUAUGUGCUUUCUCAAAGGUAGAAACUUCUGCAGAUAGUUAAGAAUUUGCUGACAGUGUAGUUUCAUAAGGUGACUGCUCUUCAGUGAUUUGCUUCAGUCCCUGUAUAGCACAAGCCUGUUUUACAUUCCCUUUUCAGGUGUUUUUUUUUUUUGAGAAAUGUAUGUAUGUAACUGUUCUAACACUUACUUUUUCUUAAGUUGGGUUCACGGAUUCUCAAACAAGAACUUCGGCUUUAUCAACAAUCAAACUGUCUGCUACUCCUGUGGCAAUUACAUCCUCUUCUUGGACAUUAAAACAAAGAAGACAACAGCACUGCAGUGUCAGACUGGCCAGGUGGGAGCCUUUGCAGUGAACCCCAACUAUGGAGUGCUGGCCUUUUCAGAUCGGAAGCUGAAUCCUGUCAUAUAUAUCUACAGUUUUCCAGAGCUGAAUAAACUGACAGAGUUAAAAGGUCACAUUCAGUUGGACUACACCUUACUUGCAUUUAGUUUCUUGGGUCCAUAUCUAGCCAGUUACUCUUCAUUUCCAGACUUUGUUCUUUCAGUAUGGAACUGGCAAGAGAAUAUCCUCCUGUGCAGUGAGUCUCAGCCAGGAGUAGCAGCAACCUCCAUGAGUUUUAAUCCUAUGAACUGGCAGCAGCUCUGUUUUGUUACUGAGAGCUCUGUUACCAUCUGGCAUAUUGAAAGAAAUCAUGAUGAGCAUUGUCUUAUACAAAACCCUGUGAAACUCCCUGAUGUGCAAGGUUCUCUGAAUCAUCAUAAGGAUUUGUUUUUCCCUUAUCCUUGUGUUGAAGAUCCCUACCAUGGCCCUGUUAUGCCAGUUUCAGCCAUUGCUGGACUGGUAGGAGAUGAAGCAGAAACAUUUGUGCCUAGAAGUGAUAUUAAGCCUUCAUUGCGUCCUACUGCCCAUUGUUGGACUGCAACCUCUGACAUUUACCUGGGCUGUCAAGAAGGUUAUAUUUUGGCAAUUGAUACUAUGAAAUGCAGUGCUUCAAUUAUUCAACGAAAACCUCUAUCUGAACAGGUACGUAAAGUAUCGGACAUGUUGGACUACAUUCGUAGAGAAGUACAGAAAAAGAAAGGUGGCAAACCAAAGGCCCUGCAAAGAACAGUUGUGUUUACCAUGGCAAUUUGUAAUGAGGGACUGUACACAGCUGGAAUUGAGGGCAUUUUAUACAUGUAUCGUAUCAGAGAUCUCCAGUAUGAGAUGGAAAUCUGCGCUGACAUCUCAGAGCCCAUAUCCACCCUCAUAUUCUCUCCUGAUUACACAAUACUUCUGAUUAUUACUGAUCAGGGGACAAUCUAUUCUUACGAACCUGCCCACAGUGGAGAAGCUGUCAAACUCCCGAAUGCAUUCAGCAGUUAUUUGCUGGCUGCUGAUUUCCUUACUCCAGGGGACAAGUACUGUGUGUCUGUAACAAUUUCAGGUGAAGUAAAAGUUUGGCUUCUGGAAAAUGGGACUUGCCUCAGCGUGCUAAACCUUGAUAUUGAGGCAACGGCUAUGGCUUGCUGUCCCUCUUCAAACAGUGUUGCUGUAGGAACAAAAGGGGGUCAAAUCUAUUUUAUUGACAUUACCAAAGUUGAAGCUCCACGGGUUGUUCACAGAAUUUUUCUUUCCAGAUUUCCAGUACUAUCUUUGCAUUAUGAUCAGAGUGGCCAGUUCCUCAUCAUUAGAGCUGUGGAAGGAUAUAUCUUUAUUCUAGAUGCUCGGCCUUCAAAAUUAUUCCAAGUUCUUGGAUAUGUAGGAAUUGAUAAGUAUGCUAACGAUCAAGGAAUGCUAAAUGCUAGUGCUAUUAAAAAGGAGCAAUAUGAUCUGGAGUACCCUCUGAGUUCAGCAGUCAAACUGAAGGAUAACACUGUUUAUGGCUAUUGUAGCUGUGCACCUUUCAUCUGUAAAUACAAUCUCUCUAAACAGAGCAUUUUGGAAGAUCCACCAGUAUUUAUAUCAGAAAAAGUAAUUCCUACCAAUCAGUUUGGAUCAGGAUUCAUCUGUUUGUCACCCAACAGCCGAUGGCUGGCUUCAGCUGCAGAGGAUGGUGUUUUGUUCAUCUAUGAUACUUCUACCAUGGAGCUACUUGUUCAAAACUAUUGUCACUCAUAUGAAGGAGGGGGAAUCAGAUCUGUGGUAUUUUCACCAGAUGGCAAAUUCAUCCUGGUCAGUGGUGAAAGUGACAGUGCCCUGGUGUGCCUGAAAUGGAAGAAGAUAAAGGAAAUGGAAGUUAAGGAAGCUGAUUUGCACUGGCAAUCUCUUCUUACUAUACUGAACAAGUCUAUUUUGGAUGAAAAUGCUGUUUUAAGAUGUAUGGCAGGAUGGCAGACUGAGUCAGAAUCCACAUCAGAAUCGGUUCCAGAAGAGAAAUCUGAGAAGUCACCACUUGAACCUUCCAGUGCAGCUGUGACAGAAGAUGGAAACCUUGGAAAUUUGCAUUCAGACAGUACUAGUGAAAUGACCUGGUUAUGUCAGAAAAUAGAGAAGGUCAUUAAGGAAGAGUCUGAAAGGUUUGCCAACCAGAAGAAAGAGAUUCAAAUGGGAAUUAAGAAGCUGCAUAAAACUAUCCAGAAAAUGAUGCAUGAAAAUGAACAGGUGCCAGAUAUUGAGAAACUGGGACAGCAGGAGUUCAACCUGGAUAUGGAAGAGCAGGAAAAAGCACAAGCAGAGGCUGAAAGAGAAGUGGCCAGGAUAAGGGAGAAGAUUGAAAUGGAGAUCUUAGCUAAUUGCUACUUGCAGGAUGUCAUCAAACAUGAGUGCUGGGAUUCCAUGUGUGUAAAAGGACGGGCAGUUAAGUGUUUCCGUAUAGCUUGUGAAGUGAAGAAUUAUCCCCUGAAGAAACGCGAUGAAGAAGAGCUGAGAACUUUGGAGAAAGUUCUGCACUUAAGGAAGUUAGAAGCAGCUAAUCUUAAGGUUCAGAAAAAAGUUCUUGAGACUAAAUCUGAGGCUGUAUUAUUUGAAGAAGAAGAGAAUACAGGAGAAGUCAUGGCUGGUGAUACUGCAUCUUGCUGCCUGGAUGGAAGUCUGAGUUCUCAGUAUGGUGCAGACACAUCUAUACUUUACCACCAAUUGGACUUGCACUCCAGGGAGCAGAAAGUCAAUCAGAUAGUAUUACUGAAGGACAUCAUAUAUAAAGUGAAAACUGCUUUUAAUAAGGAAUUUGACAUAGUUGCUCAACAAAAGGAGCAGGAGAUAGCACGAAUUAAAGAAAGAAACAUAAGGAUCCGAGAAAUCUUGGGACAACUUGACCUCCAAGUGGAAGUGUGGGAGCCAGGUCUUACAUGUGAUGAGAAACCAGACCAGGUGUUUACUGUUCAGGAUUCAGAGAUUAAAGCUGAAAAAUACUUGACUCCACAAGAGAGAGAGAAAGCAGAAAUGCUGACCAGACUUGAAAUGGAAAGACACCUUGCUUCUCUGGACAGUGAAAGACAGCGUGCUCUCAAUGACAUGAUGGGUGGAGUUCUAGAAGUCACGCAGGAAGAUAUCUUGAAAAUUGAUAUUCCUCCACCUUAUUUUAUAUCCAAGCCUGAAGAUGAAUGGAAUGAUCAAGAAAAGAAAAUAUUCAGAAAAUACGAGGAAAAAGUUAAAGAGCUGAAUGAAGAAAAAGAAAAGUAUAGAAAGGUACUGAAAAAUGAAUGGGAGGAACUCGAAGCUUCCAUCCAGGAAACAACACAAAACUUUGAUAAGAAUGUGUGCAAACUUUUUGAAAAGAAAGUGAACUUAGAGAAGGUCAUCUAUCAGGAAGAACUCAAAAUCGUCAAUCUCAUUUAUUCUUUAAUGUUGGAUGAGGAGUUGGACAGUAGAAAAGCUGGACUUUGUCAUUUCCUGGUAAAGAAGCAGAAAGAGAAAGUCAAGAUUGCAAGAACAGUGGAGACUACAAGAAAGAAAAUUGAUUUUUACACAGAGCAAUAUGAUAAUGCAGUAGCUGAAGAUAAGAAUCUGGAAUAUGGCUUUAGGAAGAAUUUUGCUGAUGUUCCUGCUAAUCUUCUUGAUGAACUUUCGGAACUUUACAAAUGUCACCCAAGGACUGUAAUGACAGAAAUCUCUCUGGACACUGCAACCUAUUCCAGAAGUUCUUCAAUGUCAGCUGAAGAUUACAAAGAUGAACUCACCCGUUUAAUGAAAGCCAUGGAUGAACUGGAUAAUCCUGAGCACAUGCCUAAUGGCUUAGACCCAUCUAUAUGGGAAAGUUUUUGUCUAGCUAGACGAAAUAAAUUAAAGAGUGAGCAGCUGGUGAAAUGGAUGGCCCUAAUUCUGGCAGAAAUUGAGGUCUUUCUCCAAAGAAGAAUAGAUGACAAUGAGAAGAUGAGCUCAAAAAUAGAAAAAAUUUUCCAAGAACUCACUUGGCUGCAGGAGGAGAAGAUAAAAUUUCAACUGAAUUUGACUUUCCAGUUUUUGCUAAAACAAGGACAGGUAGAAUUUGAAAGUACUGAGAUCCCAGAUUACGCUGAUGCCAUUUUCAUUAAAAAGAGCGUUAUUGAAGAACUGAAUUGCAAUAUCAUGGAUCAAGUAGAAAAAAAAAUUGCUAGCAUGGUGGAAUGCAAAGAAUUCUCUAAGGGGAUAUUUCAGCUGGAAUGGGAGCACAAGAAAAUGAGAAUGCAAAUAGAAGAUCUGAAUCAGAAAGCUCGGGAUAUUGCAACAUUACCUAUUACCAAAGAUCGCCAGCUAUUCCUAACCAUGCUGGACUAUGAUAGCCACAUUGCCCACCGCAUCGCAGUGAUGGAGCAGACUCUUUGUGUCAUGGAUAAGCUGCACAAGAAGAAUAUGAAGAAGCAUCAGAAGAGAAUCAAAGAGUUGGAGAAGUGCAUCAGUUUAAAAGAGCAAGCAAACUAUGAGCUGAGCCUUGAGCUGAAGGAAAUGCUCGUGUCUGUUUCAGAAAGGAGGCAUAUCUAUCAUGCAGCUGACAUGCAGCAUAUUUUUGAAAGGAAUGCAAAGCGGCGUUACCAGGAGAUUUUGAAGCAGAAACAUCUGCGAGGUCUCAUAGAGGAACAGGAAAAACACCUUGGAAUUCUUCAAGCAGAAGCUGAAAGAUUAAGAUCGAAAACAUUCCCUAUUCUUUAAAAAUCCCAAUCCUGGUAGAUAUACAAGAAUAUGAAUUUGGAAAUCUACCUUUUGUCUCUGCACUUGUCUUUCAGCAAAUAUUUUUUUCUGGUACCAUCUCCUGUUCUUCUGUUUCUUCUCAAAUAACAUCACUUUGAAGGAUACAUGUUUGUUUCAUGCAUUUUGUACCUUGUCUUACCUACAUUUUUUUUCUUUUGUGAUGCAUUUCUGCUCUUUUGAUUAUAUAAACCAUAUAGCUUAUUACAGAAAAUAACUGAAAGAUUAUCUUGUAGGAAUUAUAGGAAUACACCUAUUCUACUUUCUUAGAAUGCAGUUGUAGGAUAUUGUGAAGUACUGCAAGAAAGCAGUAAAUCUGCGUCUGCCACUUGCUUCCCUUUUCCAUGCUUCAUGUCAGUUUCUCUCUACCUUUAAUAAAUUCCCAUAAAAUCUAAAAUUAUUCCUCUGACAGUAUUAAUAGCUUUGAUAUCUUGAUUCAGCAAAAUCCUAUACCUGUAAUGAAAUGUACUUCUGUUGUGACUGCAUUACAAACACUUCUGCUUAAUCGCCUCAGAGGAUUUUAAAGGAUUCCAAAUACAUCUCCAUUCUUCCUGCAUGCUUUUUUGCUUCUUGCUGAAACUUCCUUAGAAACAACAGAAUUCCAAACUCGCUAAAGGUCUUAGGAAAAAGAACUGCCCCCAAAAGGAAGUCCCAUCAUCUUGUUUCAGUAAGUUAAAGAGGCAGAAGAAAUGAAUUAUUAAUACCUAAAAUGUGAUCAGUAAUAAAUGUUGUUCUUCAUUAAUUCCCAGUGGGCAAUGCCACUCAGUAUUCCUCAAAGUAAACUGUGGCUACAAACUUCAAUUUAAUGAGCCCUAACAACAUUAAAACAAACUAUUUCA